GACAUUAUGGAGGAGACAAGAUAUUAGACAAAAGGAACUAAAAGAAAAGGAUCAAGACUUACUACAAUGUCACACAGAGGUUAUUAUACUGGAAGAAGCUGAAUAUAAACUAAGAGAUGCUAUUAGUAGCAAAGAGAAGGAAGCAAUUAAAUUGACACAAGUUAUCUCAGCAUUGAGAGUACAUGUACAUGUAUGUGAGGAGAACUUGGCAUCUGCUCAAAGUGAUACUGAAUCAAUUAAAGAAAUUGAGGAAAAACCACUUUAUGAAGAGUUGACUGUAUUGAGCUCUCAGUUUAAUGAGAUAAAAGAAGAGAACAAAGAAAUGUCCACCAAAUUAUCAAAAAUGAAGGUUGAUUAUUUGAGAUCACUUACUAGUAAUAUUACUGAUUCAGCUGCUAGCAAAGUAAGGAGAGGAAUGGCUUUUGAAAUUGAUGACUGCAAGUUUCAUCUUGAAGCAAUGACAAGACCAGACUAUCAGCCAUUAGCAGAUAAUAAAAGAAUAAUAGAGAAAUUACAAGAAAGAAUAACAUUGAUGAAUAUGGAACUAAUUACUGAAAGAGAACACAAUGAGAAGAUUAUGAAUGAUAUUAAAGAUCACUUGAAAGAGGUUGAGAACAAGAAGCAGAGAAAAAACAAGCAUAAAACUGAAGAAAUGUGUAAAUUUUCAUUAUAUUGUAAUCAUCCUGUUACUAAUGAAUUAAUAACAUCAUCACUUAAAGUGCAUAAAGAUGAACUGCUGCUCACAGUACUGGAUAAAGCUUAUGAGUUAAUGAAAUUAGCUCCUCAUGUUCCUAUUGAAAGGUGUCGCUUGGUUAAAUAUGAUAUUAAAUAUGAAGUAAUGAAUCAAUCCUUUGAUCUUGAUGAAUUUGGGCAUCUAACUAUUGGACAGAUUGUAGGUGUUGCUAGAUAUUAUUCCUUUGGGUUAUUUUUAGAAACUCGUAAAGUAGAUGAAAUAUUUAAAAAAUACAAUGAUGGAGGUAUUAACCUAAAGAUAUCAGUGGUAGAUCUUUCAACUGGUGAAGUAGGACCAGCUAAACCAGUCAGAGGUGAAGAAGGUUGGACUGUUGGAGAAUUAAAACAACAUAUAGGAGAAUUAUUUGAUAUUGAUUCAUCAUGUAUGAGAUUAGUAAUGAAGGAGAAUGUUUACAGGAGUGGUACUACGUUUCGUGAUAUUAGUGAUGUAGGAAUUACUUUAGAGAAAAUGCUCUAUAGAGGAGGCAUGUUUAAUCCAAGCAAACAGUUCUAUGCAUCAUCAGAUCCGAAAGAUUAUCAAAAAGAAUACAAAUAUAGUUUGAUGUACAGAUAUGUUGAUUUCCUUGUCUACUCAAUACAACUGAACAUUACACUACCUCCUCCUCAACCUGAAGCCACACACACUACGACUAAUGUAACUGAGGGAGGAAUAAUAAUGAAAAUUAUAUCAAUUGAUGAAGAAAGUAAAGGAAAAGAAAGAAAGGUGCGGGUACAAGUUGAUAAGAGAAUAACGUUAGCUCAAUUGAAGGAGGAGCUGGUUCCACUGAUUGGUGUACCAGCUACUGGUUUUAGACUGUGCAGAAUCAGACAUACUAAUGAAGAAUAUGAAUUGAAGAGUUUUGAGAUAUUAAGAAAUAUCAUGCAUCAAUCAAAAUUGAUAGUAAGACUGGGUAGACCAUUAGGAAAAGGAGAGCACAGGAUUAAACUAUAUUUAUUACAAGUUAACAAUGCAGAUUUUUGUAAGUUUAUGAUGGAGUCUAUUGUUGCUGAGGGUACACUAGUGAGAGAAUUUAAGAAACAAAUUAUUGAAGAAGCAAAAGCACAAGGAAUUGACUAUAUCCUUGAAUUAGACAAAAUGAGAUUACGUGGCAAGUGGAGAGUCUCCCCUAGUAUAGUCUAUCUUGAUCAUGAGGUAAUUGAUACUACUAAGAAAAUGUAUGUAGAACCAUUGAAAGGACCAGAGAAGAUUAAGAAUCGUAGACAGAUGCAGGUGUAUGUUAUAAGAUGGCGUCCAUCACAAUGUUCAGUUGAUCCAAUAGAAGAAAUGAUACUGGAUAAAGAUUAUCAAGAGCAUUUUAUUAAAAAGCUGUCUGAGUUUAGUGCAGUUCCUGUUGAGCAUAUCUGUUGUGCACUGAUUAAUUCAUUUCCGGUUGAGUUAUCUUGUCUUCAUGUUGAAAAUAAGUUAAAAUGGUAUUCCAUCACCUCCAGAUACUCAUUAGGACUUUAUGAUUAUGGAUGUGUCGUAUAUUACAAAGACAAUAGAGAGACAAUGAAAGAGUUAACCGAUAGAGAGAGAUCAGAAAUACAAGAGGUAGAGGAAGCAAGGUUGAAGAGGAUUAGGGAAUACAAAUCACAGUCCUAGUACACCUUUCAAUGCUAAUUCAACCUCAUGAAAGUGACCUGCAAUACAAUACCAUAAAAUGAUUUUCAGUUAAUUUUUAAUUUAUGUUUUAAUCAAUUUUUAAAUUGAUUUUUUUAUUACUUUUUAAUUAUUUUAAUUUAAUUUUUAAUUAGUUGUUGUCUAUAUUAAGUAAUUUACUUCAUCUGUGAGUGGAGCAUUAGCAGUCCACUUUUUUGGUAAGAAACUCGACCGAAACUGAUGAUAGAAAAAUUUCAAGAAUUCCAUACUCUUCUCAACAUUGAGAUAUACUCCUCAUGAAAGUAAGAACAUGUGCAUGUACUAGGAAUAAAUGAUCAUAUCCUUUACAUGCAGGGCCAUAGACACUAGGUUGAAUGUGAUCAGGUUGAGUUCUGGGCACACGAAGCAUGCUGAAAAUUUUUACUUUUUAAAUUAUAUUUAUAGUCGUUAAUUAACUGCUUAUUAAUUAACUUAUUUGGUAAAUUAUAGUCUGAGACUAGUGAUGGGGUUCUUCCUAGUCUGGCUACACGAGACUGUGUUCUUCUGGAAGGCUAGGAAUAUCUAAUCUUUUGCCACUCAUAGACAAACGACCCUUUUUAUUUUGCCGUUUAUAAAUAGUAAUUAACAUUAUUAUUGCUAUAAUACUAAUAAGUGGGCGUUUUCACUUGUGAAAAAUGGUAAAGUUGAAACAGGACCAACCAUACCGGUGACUACACUAGGCCUGACAUGACUAUGUACAUGUACAUAAUUAUUAAAAGAGACAUGUCUACACUUGUAGAUGAUUAAUAUUAUUAAUAUACCAUUAAUGAUUAAUAUUAUUUGAUAAUUAAAGUAUUAUUUGAUAAAAUAUGAACAAUACUGAACAAACAUGUACAAAAGACAUGUAGACAUGUCUACAUGUGUAGACAUGUUUACAUCAGGCUUGGGGUCAAUUACAAUUAUAAUUUUCUCAUUUAUGGCAGUAAUUGAUUGUAAUUGAUCUGCCUUUAGUUGGUUAGUAAUUGUAAUUGUAAUUGAAAUAAAAUUUUGUAAUUGACCCCAAGCCUGAUGUAGACAUGUCUACACAUGUAGACAUGUCUAUAUGUGACAUGUCUUAAUUUUGUACAUGUUUAUUCAAAUUCUAUCAAAUAAUAAUUAUUAAUCAUUUCUCAAUUGUAUGUACAUGUACUGUAGUAUCUACGUUAUGAUCUUGUUGAUGGGAUGAUUAGUGAAAGAGACUUUGCUCACAUGAUCCUGCAUUAUGCCUCACUCAGUAAACAAAAGAAGAAGCAAAGGGUCAAGAGAAUUAAGAAGAAAUUUGGACCCAAACCUAAUCUGGGUGUUAAUUUUGAAGAUGUUAAAUUCUUUGAUCAUUAAUUUUGGUGGGUUGUCUCUCCGGCAUAGACGUGGCACUGGGUAUGUAUAAUGCAGCUGGAACCUCUAUGACACCUGCUGAGCUUAAUGGAGCUUGCAAGGCUAUCACUGGCUCGUCUGUCAGCAGUCAUCUUGUUGAUGUCCUUUUUACAAUUUUUGAUGAAAAUAGUCAGUUUUAAGUAUUGAUUUCCAUGGAUUUAGCUUUGUGUUAGAUCAAUUAGCACAUUCAUAAUUAUUUCAAAUAUCUAUCAUAGCCAUUAUGUUAUAUAGCUACUAUUAUUAUUGGCACUUAGAUGACGGUAAAUUAAGUAGAAAGGAGUUUGUACAUGUGUUAAAAUCAAAAAAACUCACGCAGUUUGCAAAAGAAUUAGGACUAUAGCCAAACUAAUGAACUCAGUUGUGGCUUGCUCUGCAAAAGCAGUCAAAGACAAACUAGGGAUUGAAGCUUGAGUUGGUGCUAUGGUGUGGUCAAUCAAGUCAGGAUUAUGAACUAUUUUAUAUUAUAACAGAAAUAUCUUUUAGUGAUGGCAGGAUAUAGAAUAAAAUUAUAUAAUUUAUUUUUGAUGUACACCAUUCUGUUUGAGUAGCAACAAUACAGAAACAUAUGAUUA